AUGGCACGAAGCUCAUCGCCGUUGCCACCAAUUGCGCAUCUGGGCAUUGUGCCGCGAACCCCUUCUCUCGGACGAGGACGAAUACAGCAGCCCGCCGAAGACAUGGACGAACUGGCCGGGGACACGAUCCCUUGCUCACCGUCAGUCUUCAUGAAAGAUCACGAUACCACCCAGGCGACGCAGGUUCUCAGCCGCCCCGGACUCACGAUGCCCCAGUCUUCGUCCCCCGCGCCGAGCGUGAUCGAGGUUCCCGCAUCGUCGCCAUUCCAGCCAAAGCUGCAGCAGACGCGAUUGGGCUCUCGUCUGGCACCGGCCGGCACCGUCUUCCGCCCCCCUCGACCACAGCCCGUUCCUGAGAGGAGACCAACGCCAGAGCCCAUUAAUCUCAUCUCGGACGACGAAGACGACCUUACGCCGCCGAGAGGAAACAUCCGCCCUACGAAUUUCAAAACACAGAUUGCAGCCUUUGCUUACAAACAACCCACAUCCUCCAUCGACGAAAAGGAGACUGCAAAGAAGCUGCGGCAGAUAUUUGACGUUUUUGGCGAUCGAUACCCAUCUGAUAAGGUUAGAGAAGCUCUUAGGACGUGUAAGAACGACUUGGACGAUUCAAUCGAAUGGCUGGAGCGUCAUGUGCCGCGCCAGACUCAGACCCGGAAUUCAAAACCCACUCCACAACUUACCAACCGACGCUUGGUAUCCAAGGGUCAAAUGCUUUCUCUUUCGAAGCCUGCGUCUCGUGCUUCCUCUCCCUCUGUCACUUCCGUCACUUCCAGCCCUCCCAAACCGCAGCCUCCGCCACCCAGACGCCGACUCAUUCAAGGGCUGCGCAAAAGACGUGCCUCUUCACUCGAACCUGACGUGGAAGAACUGCCAGCACCAGCCUCGAGCGACGAUCCGCUGGUAAUAGACUUGGUGGACGACGGGAGAGAAGAUUCGUACGAGGCAGAGGAAUCCCCUCCAGCCUCCCAGGAAGAUGACGACAAAGUGCUUGCUUGUAUCAAUGAGAGUAGUGUUCAGGAGCUGGCAGCCAUGACGGGCAUGAAGGAGGACCUCCUCAAACCCAUCAUCGACAAGCGCCCCUUCUACGACCUGAUGCAAGCCAGAAGAGUUAGCGUCAACAAGAAGCCUGGGGCCCGCAAAUCUGCCAGAAUCAGCAUCGGAGAAACCGUUGUGGAUGCUGUCGAAGUGUUCAUGGACGCCGUUACCGCCAUUGACAAGGUCGUGGCUAAGUGCGAGGUCAAGGGCCAGGCAGUCAAGGAUGUCGUAGAGGCCUGGGACCUCAACAUGUUUGGCCAGAACAAACGCAGCACACGGUCGACUCCCUCCGAUGACGAUGCUCCCCUAACGCCAGCGAGCUUGAGCAGCACCAAGUAUUCAAAACCACUGGUUCCUCGUCAGCCAAAAAUGAUGGACGGCCACUGCGUAAUGAAGCCGUUCCAGCUCUAUGGCUUGAAUUGGAUGUCGGUCCUCUACAACUAUGAUAUUGGCUGUAUCCUUGCCGACGAGAUGGGUCUCGGCAAGACCUGCCAGGUUAUUUCAUUCAUGUGUCACCUCGUCGAGGAGGACGAGAGACAACCCAAAGACAGACGGCCAUGGCCAAACUUGAUUGUGGUACCACCAAGUACAUACAACAACUGGCUCGCCGAAUUCAAAAAGUUUGCGCCCGGGCUAUCCGUGAUAGGGUAUCGAGGGUCUCAAGCAGAACGUGCCGAGAUUGGUUACAUGGUUGAACAAGAUCCUGAUGCCUAUCAUGUCGUCUUGGCGACGUAUUCUCAGAUCAACUCCGAAGAGGACAUUGCGGCCAUGAGGUCGUUUGACCUCAACGCUGCCAUAUUUGAUGAGGGACACAAGAUGAAGAACCCAGAAACCAAGAUUUACAAGGACCUUCGAAGGAUUCCAUCCGCUUGGAAGAUGCUACUCACAGGUACUCCCGUUCAGAACAACUUGCUGGAGAUGACUUCGCUCCUAAAUUUCAUCAACCCUAGACUUUUUGAAGGCUACAUGAAUCAGAUUCAAUACAUUUUCAGCCAAAAGGUCACGAUCCGCGACGUCACCAAUGGAGCUUUUCUGUACAGCGAGCGAGUAAAGCGCGCGAGGACAAUCCUCGAGCCCUUCAUCCUGCAGCGUCGCAAGGAUCAGGUUUUGUCUGAUAUGCCUCGCAAGAUCUGCACCCUUGUUCAUUGCGACAUGCCCAAGGAGCAAAAGGACGUGUACGAUGAAUAUGAAGAAUUGUUCAAGAUGGAACCAUCACAGCGCACCGCACGAGCGUCCCGCGGUCGUCAAAACGACCAAAACAACGUGUGGAUACAACUGCGGAAAGCGGCGCUGCAUCCUCUCCUCUUCCGCCGCCAGUUUACAGACGAGAAAGUCACAGAAAUGGCCAAGAUACUAAUGGACAGGCUCCCGCAAUCAGAACUUCAUCAGCCGGAUAUCAAGCAUCUGAUUCAGGAACUCAAGAACUCUUCCGAUUUCGAGCUUCACCUUUGGUGUCGCGAUUAUCCCCGCCUGUUGAAGGAUUUCGACAUCCCAUCUACAACAGAGCUUGAUAGCGGCAAAAUCAGAAAGCUCCUGGAGCUUAUCAAACAGUACCAAGAGAAUGGUGAUCGAGUCCUUGUCUUUAGCAAGUUUUCGCGAAUCAUUGAGCUUUUGCAAGAGGUGCUUGCGCGUCAAGACGUCGAUCAUCGCGUGCUCAUGGGCAACACAAAUGUGUCUGAACGACAGACGCUAAUUGACGAAUUCAACCAAGAUACUAGCAUUCCCGUCUUUUUGCUGACCACAGGCGCGGGUGGCACUGGCAUCAACUUGACAUCAGCUAAUAAGGUCAUCAUCUUUGACCAGUCGGACAAUCCACAGGACGACAUCCAGGCGGAGAACCGCGCCCAUCGCCUGGGACAGAAACGAGACGUUGAAGUUAUCCGCCUCAUCUCGACACACACUAUCGAGGAGCUCAUAUAUAAGGCCUGUCAGAAGAAGAUUGAAUUGGCAAACAAGGUCACCGGUGCAAUUGAGGAAGACGCCGCGGACGCGAGCAAGAACCUCGAACAGGAAGUUCGCAAGAUGAUGGAAGAGCAAAUGACGCCUCCGUAG